UCUGUGCUUUCCUUCCGAAUCUAAAUUCAAAAUAAAUGUGGAUUGUUUAGGUUUAGUUUUGGCGAUUGAGUGGUUUUUCAACAAUUCCUUGUUUAUAAAUUUAUUUCAGUUCGAAAUAAAAUUCAUCAAUGGCAUUGUCACAAAAAUACGAUGGAGUCGUUUUGAUGCCCUGGUUUAAUUUAGCAGAAUGGAAAUCAAUAAAGGAUCUUAUAUAUUCAGGUGAUUUAGAAUCUCAACAAUUAGCUGUAGAUCGUAUGAAGAUAUGGAAGUUGAGGACAUCUCUGAUACCAGUUGGAAUUGAUGGAACGCUAGAACUUUUAGAAGCUCUUCUAGCAGAGAAAAACAACUUGAACGAUGAUGAAUUAGUCCGAAUUUACUCAUUAUCUCUUUUGAGGUUCUUAAACAUUUGUGCUGGGAAUAAUGAUAAACAAGGUACAUUCUACAAGACUGCUGAAAAGAAUGGUUUACCAUUAUGGUUAAUUACCCUUCGUCAUGAUAUCGCUCACGAUCCUGUGAUCCCUUCGAAAAUUUUUUUGAAAAAGGCUUUAAAUGAAUGCUUACAAUGGGUAAAGGAGAAAUAUUGGGAAGUUUCUCAGAUGGAAGAUUAUGUAGUGUCAGAUGAAACAAAUUUCAAGGACCUUAUACACAAUUACGCAAGACUGAAGCUGUUGAACUUUUUUAAUGAAAGUACUGAAGUUCUUAUCCAAGAAAUUAAGAAAAAAGUGGGAUUUGCAAUAUCUGCUGGGUUAAAUCGUGGAUUUUCCACCAAUGAUUUCAUCGUAUUAUUAGAGGACCAUUUGAUACAGUCAGUUACUCAAGAUAAAAUUAAAGAUAGUUGUAUACAUAUUGUUUCAACCUUGGUUGAAGAAGGAGUAAUAUUGACUAUUAACUAUUGUUCCAUAAAUGGAACUAAGAAAAUUCCUUCUAAUUUUCUUCAAAUAUGGCAUAAACUUCUAAACUUAUUGUAUCAAAAUUGUACAUUGUUCCUAUUAAUCAAUAAAUUAGCCGAUAUAACUGAAUCAACCACACAUGAGUAUUCGGUGAAGGAAAUUGCCAGUUUGUGGAUUGCGGAGUUGUACCAGGGACUCAUGAAAACUAAGAAAAUGAAAGAAGAGUAUGAUACUGUUGCUUCGAUGCACUCGGAACAUAUAGACAAAAGAACUGCACAAUUGGUCAUCAAAUCCAAACUGGAUACCAGUCCUCAGUUCAAGGAUACCAUAACCUUCAGUAAUUUUGAAAUCCUACCCAUGGACGAUUCAAGAACGUUUCAAGAGAGAAUUCUUCAAGCUCCAAACGAAUAUACAAUGAACUAUUUAGAAAUGGUGCUCAAAUUCAAUGGAAACACUGAUAGUUUUAUGAAGAAGCAGAUCAAUCUCAUUAAGAAGCUAGUUCAGUUCAGUACUACAUUUUACACUGACCCGGUAACUAUUUAUAACGUACACGACCUGAAAGCACUUCAAGAAUCUUUUGGUUCAGGAGUUUGUGCUGAAAGUAUAACAAAGACACAGAACGAUGCUGACAGAAUUGAGGGCAGGAAAAAAUUCAGAGAGCUUAACGACGCAGAAAAAUUCUCUUUCAAAUGUUAUCCUUUGGGAUACAUGCCUCCAAAAUGAACUGGAUUCCGAUACUAGGUACAAAUUUCUGUUAGUCCUUGAAGUUUUAUAGAUAAUUUUUUAUGAAUUGUUCAUAUUUUUAUAGAUUUGGGAUAGUGCCAACCUAAUAGGUUCUAAGUGUGCCAAUUUUUUUUAAAAUUGUAUUUAAAAUGGAGAUUGGCGUUGACAAAAAUAAACUCUAAGUACAAAGAAAUAUAAUUAUAUAUAAAAUCA